UCCGCUCGGGCGCGGCCAUCCCCUCUCUAUGGCCUCCGCCAGACAGGACUUGUCGCGCUCGGCAGCGCCCGUUUCGCCGCUCGGCUGGGGCAUGUAACGGUCGCCGUCGCCAUGGAGACCCCCGGCACGAGGGUUCUCCUUUCCCAGUCAGAAGAAACUCUGGACUCUCCUUUGCCGAAUGAAAGUAUAAACUCUCCGCUGCCAAAUCUAACUCCAAGACACCAAGAGUUGAUUGCAACACCUUGUGGCCCUAUAAAACGAUGGUCCGAACUGUCUUCCCCUGUCAAGAUCUACUUCUGCGUCACCAUCCUCUCGUUGUUGAGUGUCAUUGGAUUAACCAUAGAGAACCUCUUCCAGCAGAAAAACGAAGAUUUUCCUGUGUCUCUCAUUCAGAUCAUUGGCCUUGUUUUCUGCAUCUAUUACGUCAGCCGGGGAAUCCUGCAGGAGAAUCGCCAGGAGCUGAUAGUCUUUGUCAUCUCCAUCGCCCUGGUCAUUUUGCGCUCCGUGAUCAACUUCACUGUCCUCCCCGCCAAGCAGAAGUCAGCGUUGCUGGCCCGCUUUGUCCUGAUCCUCUUGGUGGGUGCCUUUGACGUGAGCUGCGCCGUGAUCCUUAUUCAGAGCGAGAGUGGGAUGGCUUUCCGAGUGGGUGGGGCUCUGGAGAGCCUUCAAGCCCAGUACUUCAUGAUGAACCUCUGCUUUUCCAUGCUGACCUUUGACCUCCAGGCUCAGCUCUGUCUGUGUGUCCUGCUGCUGACAACUCGGGAGAUUUCAAACCUGCACAGUGUGUUCUUGGCCGCUGGGAUUUGCUGGGCUAUUCUGAAAGUUGUUUGUGGCAUCACGGCAAUCUUAAAAGAGUUGAAACCUCUCACCUGGAUUUUUGUGAUUCAGAACUUACCAGAAGUGGCUUAUCUCGGAUACCUGCUCUACACAGUCAUAACAGAAUGGGGCCAAGGGAAUUCCUAUGCUCUGGAAGCUGCCAUCAUCACUUGCUCCUGCAUCUCUGUGACGAUCAAAAGCGUCCUGUUUUGGGCACUGUUUCAUGUCUAUCACAGUUUUGGGCAAGGGCUGAGAGAGAGGAUGUUUUCUUCCUAUGGAAGGAUCAGUUCGUGACCUGCAGCUCCACCGCCACGUCGACAUGGUGCUCUCAUAGAGUGAAAACCUGCUUGGGAAAAUCGGAUUCCCCCCUCCCCCGGAGACUGACGGAGAAGCAGCAGAAGAGGCUUGAUCCCAGUGGAGACCUUUGCUGCUUCCUUGCUGGAUCCCCUGGACCGCCCUCCCAGCUUCCCCUUGCUGAAAAGCAAACAAAAACACGCAUACUCCUAUUUUCCAAAAGAACUGCCGGAGCACCUUCUCAAUGUAGCUUGAACUGUGAGUGGCUUUUCCCAUGCUAGGAGCUGGCAUUUGCUCCCUGGGUCUCCUGUAAUCCCAUUUUUAGUUCAGGCGGGGCACUGCAACGCUGGCAUGUCUGAGCUUGAUCGACAGGCAGAUUUCAGGUGCCAAAUUGAAAGCCAGAUUUUUGGGGGGUGGGGUGGCAGCUUCAGAUGAACCCUUUCUUGUGCUAAGAGCCUCAGGCCCUGUUUGCCCGUGACCCUCUCCG